CUCUCCGGACCAAAACAAAGGCUGCUCCAUUCUCCAGUAAAGUAGCGCUAACCUCCCGAGUUUCUCCUGAGAAACUCUUCCACUGUCACUGGAGUUCGUGUCACCGACGCAUCCGGUUAUAUUGCACACAGGACUGCUUACUGCUCAGCUAACGAGACCGGAUGAAACCUCAAACCGGAAUGUAACACGAAGAGUGAGCAGCAGUGUGGUUUGUCGGUGGUGGACUGCAACUGUCAGCAGCGACGGCAGCUCAGCGCUAUGAGUCUGUACGGGGGUGGGGCGAGCGGAGGAGGGGCAGAACAUUACCGAGAGCAGCGGCGGCGCUCCAGCGACCGCUCCCGAGACUCGUCCCACGAGAGAGGAGAGAGCCAGCUCACACCCUGCAUCAGGAAUGUCACUUCCCCAACCCGGCAGCAUGACCGUGAACGCGGCGACGGAGGCUCAUCCUCUCGGUCCUCCAGUCCACGUCCUCCCCGGGUUUCUCUGCCCUGCACCCCCAUUGGAGGAGCCCUGAUGGGGGGACACAUGGAUCGGCCGCUCGGCCCCCCUGGAGCUGAUCUCCACUCCAAGGCUCUUGGGCUGGGCCACGGACCGUGCGACAUGAUCUAUGUGUAUGACCUCGGCAGUAAAGAGGGACCUCGCAGUGGGCUGCGGACGGGGGAAAGAGUGACGCUUACCGUGGACAACACGAGAUUCGUGGUGGACCCCGCCAUCUUCACAGCUCAACCGAACACCAUGCUGGGCAGGAUGUUUGGUUCUGGGCGGGACUACAACUUUACACGGCCCAAUGAGAAAGGAGAGUUUGAGGUGGCCGAUGGCAUCAGCUCCACUGUCUUCAGAGCCAUUCUGGAUUACUACAAGUCGGGGAUUAUCCGCUGCCCUGAUGGCGUUUCCAUUCCCGAGCUGAGGGAGGCAUGUGACUACCUCUGCAUCUCUUUCAACUACAACACCAUCAAGUGCAGAGACCUCAGCGCCCUGAUGCACGAGCUGUCCAACGACGGAGCGCGGCGUCAGUUCGAGUGCUACUUGGAGGAGAUGGUGCUGCCGCUGAUGGUGGCCAGCGCCCAAAGCGGGGAGAGGGAAUGUCACGUCGUGGUGCUCACCGACGAUGACGUGGUGGACUGGGACGAAGAGUACCCGCCACAAAUGGGAGAGGAGUACUCACAGAUCAUCUACAGCACCAAGCUGUACCGCUUCUUCAAGUACAUCGAGAACCGAGACGUGGCCAAGUCUGUGCUGAAGGACAGAGGACUGAAGAAGAUCCGACUCGGCAUAGAAGGCUACCCCACAUACAAGGAGAAGGUGAAGCGGCGGCCCGGAGGUCGUCCAGAGGUCAUCUACAACUACGUGCAGCGCCCCUUCAUCCGCAUGUCCUGGGAGAAGGAGGAGGGCAAGAGCCGCCACGUCGACUUCCAGUGUGUCAAGUCAAAGUCCACCACCAACCUGGCUGCGGCCGCCGCGGACAUUCCUCAGGACCAGCUGGUGGUCAUGCACCCUCUGGGUCCACAGGUGGACGAGCUGGACACCCUGCCGGGACACCAGCCGCUGCCGGGUCUCAACGAUCCUCAUCAGCUGGCACAGGGGCCGGAGAGCGGGGCCCCCCAGCUACCACAAGGCUACGACGAAGCCAGCCACCAGGCUCAGCAGGGGCACGACGGCAUGGGCCACCAGGUGGCGGCUCACGGUCACAACAGCGGCCACCAGCAGGGCCAGGACGGUCCCGUCCCGUCCGCACACAGUCUGGCCCACAGUAACCAGCAGCAACACAGCAGCAACCACACUCAGGCCACCUACCACUACGAGCCGGACCCCGACACACCCUCACCUUCUGCAUGAGACUGGCUGUCAACUACAACCCCCUCCCCCUCCACCACACCCCCAGCUUCCUCAACCCCCCCCCCCUCCUGUGUUCACGCUGCAAGCAACUUAGGCCAUGUCCACACUCAACCAGCUACAUUUGAAAACACACAGUUUCUGUGUUGUCGGCUUCCAGCCACACCAAGCCAGCAUUUUUCAAAAUGCUAAUGCAAUUGUAGUGCACAUGUGAGAUAGAGGAUUUUGACCAUUUUAGGCAUUUCAGUGUGGAGGGUGGGCUAUAACUGGGUUUUCAGAUUUACUCAGCUUAGUGUGGACAUGGCCUUGCUUCAUGGGUCUCUCCAAGUCCUAAACAGGCAAAUUAAAUACAUUUUAAUGAGCUGACAUAGUUAGCAACUGCAAACUAGGUAGCAUUCAUAUAAAAUAAACAAACAAAAAAAGACUUGAGUUCCCCUUUAAAAUUCACCCCAAAUUUGGUUGCAGCUGCUCUCCAAGCAUUCGUUUUGCUGUGAACCAGGGUUAGGGUUUGUUUUUCAAAUAAAAGUUGGAGAGAAAUGGCAAGCCGUGCACAGCUUGAAUGAACCAGUCAACUUCUGUCACAUCGGCAGAGAAAUAAGGAAGCACAGAAAAAAAACACUAAAGGUUACAGCCAUGGCCAACAAGCCCAAAAGUCAACUAGGAAAUGAGUGGCCCCCUGGUGAUUUGUUGAUGUCAUUGCUCACAGUGUGAAGGCCCCUCCCUGCACUGUCCCAGCUCCCGCCACCCCCGCCCUCCCCUCCUGAGCGGCGAGACGUCGCCUCUGCCUUCUCUUGCACCUCUGCCGCAGCCUUUCUCAAGUCUCAAUAGCCUCAAAGCAGAAAUGCCGCCGCAACGAACAAGAUUCUUUCCAGUAGCCAAGGAGCUCGAUAAAGCACACAGGAAACAGCAGGCCUCCUUGUCCAGUUCCUCCAUUCACACAUUCUGUUGUUUAAUUUAUCUGACCAAAGGAGAUUUUUAUUUUCGUUCAGUGUUAUAUAUACAUGAAGAGAGUACUGUAGAUUACAUUAUAAAGAAGUAAAAUUCCAGUGUGUGUGAGAGCUGAGUGUGUGUGUGUUUGGGAUAUUGUACCUCACACUGGGAAAGUGGCAAAAAUGUGAAGGUUUACUUUUCCUGUGUUUGUAAAGGCUUUGAUAUUUGGAUGAAUUUCUUGUAUGGGGCAGCAUAGAUGGGGAUUUUUGGCAGCAGCUAACAGUUUGUUCCCCCAUUCCUUCUUGUUCCUUAGGACUGUUGAUUUUGUUAAACAUCUCCAUCUCUGCAGAGCGCACAUCUGCCUGGUUUCCCGGUGUAUCUUCCUCAUAUGUUGCACUCUUCUCCAGGUAUGGUUUGGCUCCACUUCCUGCUUGUGUCUGAAAGCGCUCACAGGCUCACCUGCACACACUCGGUGGCCCGCUGUCCUGAGCACGCAGGGCGUCAGGAGACAUGACAGACACAUUCAUUUUUGUAAUAAAUGUUAUUCACUUUCCUCA